UGUGGCUUGAGGGUAUUAGCGGACAAGCUUACCAAGUUGAACAAUGGACAGCAGAGUAUAGAGACUUUAUCACAUUGGUGCAUCUUCCAUAGAAAAAAAGCAAAGCAGGUUGUGGAAACAUGGCAGCAACAAUUUUAUUGUGCUCCAAGAGAUCAACGAAUAUCUUUCCUAUAUCUAGCAAAUGAUAUUUUGCAAAAUAGCAGAUGGAAGGGUCUGGAGUUUAUUGAUGAGUUUUGGAAAGUUAUCCCUGGUGCCCUUAGUGAUGUAUUUAAUAAUGGGGGUGAGAUUGGAAGAAGCACUGUAGUAAGAUUGAUGGACAUAUGGGAAGAACGCAAAGUCUUUGGUUCUCAUGGACAAGUACUUAAGGACAAUAUUUUGGGAAGCGAUAAUGGGAAUAAAAAUAUAAACGAGAAGGUCAUUAGAUACAAGUUGAAACAUCCAUCUGGAGAACAGUUGGAGGAGCUCAUUUCAGGCUAUACUCAUAUUUAUGAUCUUCCCUAUGACGAAGACACUUUAUAUGGAAAUUGUCAAGCAGCUACUAACCUCGUUGAUGAAGUGGAUAAGGAACUUGUGAGUGAGUUAGGAGGGAAUUCCAAUGGAUCUGGAGUAGUCAGGAAGAUGCAGGUACAGCAUGGUGUAUUAAGAGAAUGCAUAGAACAACUAAAAGUUAUUGAAUCCUUGAGAGCAACUCUGAUCACCUAUUUAAGAAAGGCACUUCACGAACAGGAGUCAAAGUUUGAACAGGUCCAUCAACAACUUCAGGCUGCUCAAUCAAGAUAUGAACAAUCAGUCAACUUGCAUAAGCAGCUCGGUACUGGUCCCUCAUCACCUGAUCAAAGGCUUAACAACUCAUCAGCUUUCCCUGACAGCCCACCUAAACUUAUCCCUCAAUCCGGUGCUGGCACCAGAUCACAAACUACUGCAGGCAGAUACAGCCAGGAUAGACUUCCUGGAGACAAUAAUGCUCCUGUUACAGACAGGUACCCAGAAACAGCAGCUGCUGCAGUUGCACCACAGUUUGCAGCUUCCACUUCCACUUCUCAGAUGCUGAUACAUGUCCACACCUCUCCAGCUUCUGAUGGCAUCUUUAGCCUUUCAAUUAAAGAAGACCACCCUACUGAUAACAAGAGGCUUAAACUAGAGGACAAUGUGCCACCACCAUUGCCACAGCUUCGGCCGCUCUUGCCAUCAUUCCUGCAUCCUGAUUUGUUAAAUCAGCCUCCGCCGCUACAGCCAUCAUUUCCUGUUACACAACCAAGUUCAAGAACAAUGCCACCACCACCUCCUUUCCUGCCUAUGCCACUACCACCACCUCCACCAACUACACCCCAAUUCAUGCAGUUUUCUUCUGGACCUACAAUGCCUUUUGGUUAUGGCUCAGUUCCUUUCCCAAACUACCCAAUGCAUGGCAUGCAACUCUAUCCAAGUCUCAUAAACCAGCCUUAUGGUCUUCAAUCCUCGGAGGGGUUCAUUCAGUUAGGCCAACCGCCAUUGCCAACUGCACCACCACCACCACCACCUCCACCUUGAACCAACAACAAGAGAAGGCGAAGAAGGGGUGCUGUUAGGUUCAGUAGUUGUCAUGUAUCCAUGGUUGUGACCGUAAACAUGUAUAUUAAGAUACCUGCUUCACAGCUCCUGAAGAUAGUCAUCCUGGAGAAGAACAUGAGGACCUUAUAUCUAAUGGUAAUCUGACCUAUUGCCUGCGGAAGAGAUGUUUAAGUUGUAGUCAUUCUUUUUGUUUCUGGAGAUUCAUGUUGAGCUUUCCCAGGAUUUGUCGUGGCCUGAUGCCUGGGUGGCUGCUGGCACAGAGUUUGGUCAGAUGUAUCCUCAACUCAACCGAGGGAGAAUUGUAAACCUGGGAUCGAACAUGAAAUGUGGUGUAAGUGAACAAUAUUGGAUGACA